UGUAAGAUCUAAUUGGGUUUUGGAGUUUGUGGUUCCAAAGAGAGUAUAAAAAAAUAUUAUUUUAUUAAUGAUCCCAUUUCAUAUUUAGUUACGUGUCAAGUAUUUUGGGACGGACGAAAUGGGAACUGUGUCAAGUAUUGUGGGACGGAGGGAGUAAUUUUUUUCAUUACAUAGUUAAUUUUUUCAGUACGUAAUUAAAGAUAUAUAGCGAUAAAAAACCGCACAUAAAACGAUGAUAUGAUCUGAACUUAUUAUUUCUGAAAUAAGUAAAAAUAAGUUGAGCUAAAAAAGACCUAAAUCAACCUUAUACACCAAGAAUGCUUGAAAGAUUCGAGAAAAUACAAGUUUAUAUCCUCUAUUAACAAAAAUUGUUAUUACCAGGGAUAAUGUUGUAAAUUCACAGCCAUAUCCCCCUUUUUCUCUCCUCUAUCUACACUAUUGCACCACCGUAGACCGUCGUCGUCACCAUAUAACGACCAUAAGCACCACUCGCGCAACCACUGCACAACCACUAGCACCACCGCCCGACCACUACACGAUCAUUAACACCAUCGCGCGACCACCGCAUGACCUUUAGAGCCACCCAUCGCACCACAUCACGACUGUUAGCACCAUCGCACAUCUAUUAACACCAUUUCACAAGCAAUUCCUUUUCCUAAGGGGUUAAUAUGAGCCCACUUUACUUGCUUUGCAACUAGGGUGUCUUUUGUUUGGCCGGUCAAUUUAUAGUCGUCAAGAUGGUCUUUCGCCGGCAUAGCCAUAGAAGGGGAGGAGAGAGAAGGAAAUAUUGUUGGUGGUGGAGGAAGAAGACUCUAUUGUACUUAUAUUUGGAAGAAAAAUCGGUGAUAUUAACAUAGUUUGUUAAUAUAUGAUAUAAACCGGGUAUGGCUUGAAAGACUACAGUACAAGUGAGGUAGUUAAUGUUCAUGAACUCACCAUAAACAUUCAACAAACACUAAAAUGGACCGACCACAUCACUGCUCUCUCCACCACCACCACCACCACCAUCACUUCAUAAUAAUCAAGCCUUGUUCUCUCUCCUCCCCUCAUCCCCACCAUCAUCAUCACCACCACCAUGUUCUGCCCCAAUGCAACUUAAUUCUACAAAACCCCAAUUCAAAAAUUUGCCCUAAUUUAAUCAACCCACCUCCCCAAAUCCCUCAAUCUGCACUUCCUCUUCCUUCCCAGACCAAUCCCAAUCUUGGGUUUUCUGGGUUUGAACCACCUCACACUUCCCAACAUACCCUGUACUUCCAAGAUGCCGGUCUUGGCGAAGUUGAAGAGAUUGAAGAUGAUGAAGAUCCGAUUUUUGUUAUGACAGAUGAAUGGAGGGAGUUCUUUGCAAAAUCUGAAGCCAAAAGAAGAGAAGCUAAAAAGCUAGCCAAGAAACAGGGGAAGACCUAGAGGAGCAACAUGAAAGUUGGAAGGCAACAGCAGUUAUAUGUUUUGUCAUGGCAAUGGACCUUUUGAUCUUAAGAGGGGCAAAUUGGUGAUAUUCUGCCCGUUCAAAACUCUGCUACAAGUUGCAAGACAAUAUGUUUAAUUUUGCUGAUUGACAAUUGGUCCCAUUUUUGCUGCGGGAACAGUUCUUGUAAAUCCUUUUAGUUGUCUGUAAUUGUGGAUCAUAUGCUAGAAUGAAAGUUCAAAUACAUAUAGUUUUUUGGUGGAUCAAUUUUGAAAGUUAGUAUGUUUGCAUAUUGCAAUGAAUAUGAAAUUCGCAA